ACCACCAGCGCGAGCGGCACGACCUCGGGCGGUGGCGCGUCCGUGACGCGCACGGCGCUGCACGUGUCGCGCAGCCUGGACCCGGCCGGCACGGAGACGCUGGCGGUGCGCACGCGCUCCGGCGACGUCGCGACGCUGCUGGUGAAGCGCCGCGGCGCCAAGGCGGCGACGCCGCCCCCGCCGCGCCCCGUCAGCGUCGCGUCGCCCGCCCUCACCGUCGCCGACGCCGGCGCCGGCGGCUCGGACCGCAGCGUCGCGGUCAGGGGCAAGCUGACGUUCGCCGACCCUCACCACCAGGCGUCGACGCUCGACGUCGUGCCGCGGCCCGUCAAGGUCGUCUUCGGCGAGCAGGCGUCGCCUUCGCCGUCGGCCAAAGCUCUGUUCCUCCAGCCCCAGGACUCCACUGACGGCUCCAGCGUGUCGAUCCGCGUGUCCCCGGUGGGGCUGGUCUUCAAGGACGACCCCCCGGCGGCGUCGACCGGCGGCCGGCAGGAGCGGCUGGUGUCGCAGCCCCUCGGGGUACCGGCGCCGGUCUUCGUGAGCUCCGGGAAGCUGCUGGUGGCCGGCGACGCCUCUGCCAGCAAGGACUCCUCCGAGGACUGGUGGCGCCGCCAGAAGAGCGUCCUCAAGGUGGGCGCCGACGGCAUCCCCGUGGUGCACGGGGUGCGCGUGCCCGACGACGAGUCCGACCGCUUCCAGACUUGGCGCAACGCGCGCGUCGUCGACAACGUGCUCGUGCCCAACGCCUGGGACGCCGCCAACCCUGCAAGGUCGGUAUCUGCGGACCACUCUGGCUGGGAACCGGCCAGGCCAACCCCAGCACCGGAAGCUGCCGGCACCGCAGAGCAGGGAGACGACGGCUUCCAGCCCAUCCUGCAGCGCGUGGCGACGCUGGAGCGCGACCCGAACAGGGACCGCCUGCUGGACUACAUCAGCGCCGUCAACAGGAGGCAUGCCUUCGGCAUCCACGCCAGGAGGUCUGACCCGGCCGCCACCCAAUACCAGCAGUUCAGGGCCAGGCUGCUCCACCACCCCGGCGCGCAGGUCUACCCCACGGCGGCACUGUAUGCUGCAGCGCCACAGCAGAUCAAGCCGCCAAAGGUGCUGUCCUUCGAGGAAGGCGUGCGCCCGCCCGUACUGCACUACGCACACCCAGAACUCGGGGUGCAGCCGGCCAAAGUGGUCCGCAAGAAGGACGAGGACGGCGAAGACGCGGAGGACGAGGGCUCACUGAGUGACGUUGAGGUGGAGCGCGACGAGGACCUCGACCGCAGGAGGGCGACCCAUCCCCACGCCAGGAGGGGAGGCGGCCGGCAGGCGGACCGCGAGGACUCGGAGCGCACCGCGGGCAACUCCCUGGCGCUGUCCUACUUCGCCGACGACAUCCACAGCGACCGCAGCCCCUACGUCGGAGGCUUCGAGGUGGCCGACCCCGAGACGGUGGACAUCACCACGUCCAGGCCCGAGGAGCCCCGCGGCAAGGCACCGCCGCCACAGCAGCAGCAGCAUCCACCCAAGGGUCGGCUGCAGGACCCGGACACUUACGGCCUCGCCAGCGACAAGUACGUCCGCCGCUUCCCGUACGGCGGCUACGUGGACGGCGGCGACAACCUCCACCUGCACCGGUUCGCCCUGCACGGGAAGCCGGCCUACUACUACCCCGUCGUGCAGAGGGUCGAAGAGCGCCCCUUCUGGGAGAAGGUAGCUGAGGCCAUCAGGGAGAAGGUGCAGAUCGGGGUGGAGAGGAUGUCCGACCUGACGCGGCCGGUGAUGGAGCCGCUGGUGGAGGCGACGCACAAGAUCUCGCACAACCUGGGGCUCGGCGUCCAGGCCCCGGGCUCGGGCUUCCAGGACAAGAUGGGCGGCGUGGCGGCGGUGGCGGCGGCGCACCCGGCGCUGCUGCCGGCGCUGGGGCUGGUGGCCGGCGGGGCGGCGCUCGGCCUGGGGGCGGUCGCCGUGGGCCGCUUCCUCGACGUCGACCCCCUGCGCCGCAGCGGCGACGACGCCGGCGCCGACCUGCCGCUGGAGCACAAGCGCGCCCUGCAGGCCGUCGCGGAGACGCUCGCGGACCCCCAGCAGCUGGUCGUCUACCGACCGGGCACCGACGGCUCCGACCAGCGCCCGAAGAGGGCCUCCGGCGACCGCGACCGGGACGUCAUUCUGGUGCUCGAGGAGGCACCCGGUUCACCAGUUAGGACCAAGAGGUCUACACCGGCACUGAGCGUCCCGAGCUUCGACUACGGGCUGUGGACGGGUGCGGCGGCAGCUGGUGGCGCUCCUGCGUUGGGCGGCGAGGACGCGCAGGAGAGAUUCCUGGAGGAGGCGUGGAGUGGUGCCAGCCGCGAUCACAGCGCGGCCCGGCGGGUGGCUGGCGCCGGCGGACCGGAGGCGUGGGCGCACACGCCUUGCGCCAAGAGGCUCUUCUGCGAGGCGCUGCUGUCGCAGUCGCACGACGCCGCGCUCUUCAUGGAGAAGAGGAUGGCCGCCUUCCUCGCGCUGGUCCGUGGCGACGCAUCCGUGACGCACCACCUGAACGACGUCAUGUCGGCCGUGAGGAGGGGGGACUGCUCGGCAUUCGCCUGCUCGUCUCUGCCGGGACCGCGGUAGAUGGCGCCACCCAGCGACUUGUCGAGGCUGCACUGAGGUGGCCACGAGAAGGCGGUGACGCGAGGCGAUCGAGAAGGCAGCGGAGUGCUUCCACCGCCUGUGUCAGAGACGCUAACGGCGACUGGCCAAUGGGCCACACUGUGUGGUGUUCUGAUAACCUAGCGAACUGGAGCCUCUCUACCGCGACUGACGUUCCGUUGACUCUAACGCUCGCAACUGAGAAAUGCCCUGCACAAGGGAAGAGGAGAAUUUACUGUGACACGUACAGUAAGCACGAGCAGGU